GGCAGAGCAGCAGCCAGCUUCACAUGCCGUGUGAUCCAAUGGGCAGUCUACCGCAGCACGCAGAUGUCUCCUCCCUCCUCGCAGCUGCGGGCGGCCACCAGCCGCCGCUCACCGGCCGCGUGGCCAUCGUGACCGGUGGCGCUGGCGGCAUUGGCGCCGCCGUCACCGCGCACCUCGCAUCCCUCGGCGCCCGCGUCGUCGUCGGUUACAUCGGCGACUCGGCACCCGCGGACCAGCUGGUCGCAUCCCUCAACGCGGCCGCGGCCGCAGGCAGCUCCGGCGGGCCACGCGCCGUCGCGGUGUGUGCGGACGUGUCGGACCCCGCGCAGGUGGAGGGCCUGUUCGACGCGGCGCAGGCGGCGUUCGGGCGCGACCUCCACAUCGUGGUGGCGGCCGCCGGGUUCCAGGACGCGGCGUACCCGGCCAUCGCGGACACCGAGCCGGAGCAGUGGGACCGCGCCUUCGGGGUCAACGCGCGCGGCACGUUCCUGUGCUGCCGGCAGGCGGCCCGGCGGCUCGUCAGAGGCGGCGGCGGGCGGAUAGUCACCUUCUCGUCGUCGAACGUGGGGUCGCUCCGGCCAGGCUAUGGCGCGUACGUGGCGACGAAGGCGGCCGUGGAGGCGAUGACCAAGGUGCUGGCCAAGGAGCUCGCCGGGACGGGCAUCACGGCCAACAGCGUGGCGCCGGGGCCGGUCGCCACGCCCAUGUUCUACGCCGGGAAGUCCGAGGAGCGCGUGAGGGCCGUCGCCAGCGAGUGCCCCAUGAAGCGCAUCGGCGAGCCGGCGGACGUGGCGCCGGUGGUCGGCUUUCUCUGUGGUGACGCCGCCGGGUGGAUUAACGGCCAGGUGAUUCGGGUCAACGGUGGUUACGUGUAGUUUGUGCUGUUUGCUCAUAUCCGAUGUCGGCGUGUAAUAAGAGAAUCUUCAACAACGGCACAAAAAAUUCGGGUCUAAUAAAAGUUAUAUCGCAUUACUCUAGCAA